UAUUAUUUGUUACCACCAGCUUCUAACUAAUCAAACUGUCAAAAUCUUUUGAAAAGGCCAUAUGACUAAAGGCAUUUGCACAAAUUUUCCUAAACUGAACUAAACACCGGAUAUAUGUACGUAUCUUCCAUGAAAAAUGGUAACUACUAUGAAUUUUUGUUUCAGUUGCUACUACAAAUCGCACUAAAUGCCCUUCUGACAGAAGCUUUGGAAGAUCCUGAUCUAGUAAGAAAUUGUGGAGAUGCGAAAGCACUAGCUCUAGGACUAAAUCCGACAAAAGCCUACUUACCACCCCAUCCUCAACCUCAAGUACAAUAUUACUCUCAACCACAAAUAAGCGUAGAGUCCGCCCACAUUCAGCCCCAAAUUCAAUACAUUUCUGAACCUCAACCUCAACCUCAACUACAAUACAAUGCAAUACAACCUGAGCUUCAUAUCAAAUCGGUAGCUUACACUACUCCUCCGGUGGGAAUUUCAUAUGCUCCCGCCGCUGUUAAAUCCGCCGAGCAAAAUUAUGCUGUAACCGCCGGUUUAUCAACUUACGGUUCUCCCAAAUAUUUGCUAGGAGCAAAAUCAUCAUCAAUUCCAAGCUCAAUUUCUUCCUAUUCGAGCUCCAGUUCACAAGCAGCCGCUGCUCAAGCUUCUAGUUCGCAUUCCUCUUCAAAUUCUUAUUCAUCUAUCUUGUCAGCUCCAAAAUUGGCAUCGGGAAUUUCUGUCGGGACAGGCUCCGAAGCUUAUUCUUACGGAUCAAACGAAGCACUUGGAUAUGGUAGCAACUAUGGAGGUGUUUCUGCGUACGAAUACUCCGCUCCGGCAGCUGUAUCAACAGCUGUGAAAUCAGUUGCUGUUCCAUUUUUAUCGGCUAAAAUAAGUCCUUCUAUCCAAUACGCUUCCAAAGAAACUUCAUCAGCUGCAGCAGCAGCGUCUGCAUCUGCAGCAUCAGCUUAUAAUUCCCAACUGUCCACAGCAGCAUACAAUCAAAAUAUCCCAAUUGGUGUUAAGUAUGCGCCGACUGUUUUAUCACCUGUUUCUAAAUAUUCAUUAGCUUCUGAUGUAUCUUCUAAUUAUUUAUCGUCUGAUGCUUACAAUUCCAAAAACAUAUACGCCGCUUCAGUUAAACCUGCUGUUUCGGUAGGAUAUGCUGCUUCACCUGUACUUACUUAUAAUAGUCCUGUUACAGUUCAAAAGGUUUUGGAUAAUUCGCUUUCCUCUGGAUCGUCGUCGAGUUAUUCGUCGUCUUCUUCUUCUUCUGAAGCUCAGAGCUCACUACUGGGUUCCUCGAUAAAGGCUGCAAAUCCUGUUGUCUAUUCCGCUCCAAGUGUUUACAGUACGGGUACUACCGGUUUGGGUUCUUCUAGUGCGGGAUCUAAAUAUUCUUUAGCUUCAGAUGUGUCAACUAGUUAUUCUUCUUUAGGUUCCGAACAAGGGCUAUUAAAAGUGUCAAGUCCCGCCGUAUACGCAUCACCAGUAGUAUCAUCGGUGUAUAGUGGUCCUUCAAUUCAACAAUCAUCCUCCAGUUCAAGUUUGGAUCUCUCCCAAAAAGGUGCUUCUUCAUAUUCCUAUUCCUCAGUUCACGCGGCUCCUGUACCUUCCAUUGCUUAUUCUGCUGGCCCAGUCGUUUCAAAAACGUCAUCCAGCUCUUCCAGUGCGAAUUUAGCACACGGGGGUUCUUCUUCAUACUCAUACUCCUCAGGCAACUUGGGUAGCCAGAUCCAUGGUGCACCGGUGGCGUCAGUGGCAUACGCUGCUCCUUCUUCGGUUAUCCAAAAGAGUUCCAGUGUAAGUUCUAACCUUGCCCAUGACGCAGCUUCGUCGUAUUCUUAUUCCUCUGGUAAUUUGGGACAAGUGGGUGCCGUUGGCGUAAAAAAUUUAGUAACGGCGCCAGUUGCCGUAAAAGUACCAGCACCAGCACCUGCUAUCGCUUAUGCUUCGUUCCCAAGCGUGUCAACGUCACAUAUUAGUGGCGACGCUUCUGGUCAUGGACAGGGCCUAGUGGCGGCCGCACCUACAGCUUUUACUUAUGUAACGCCAGAUUCCAAUGGAAAAGCAGGCAAAGAUCACGAAAAAGAGAAGCAUGGCAAGUACUACAAUGCCCACCCUCAAUACUACUUCGAAUAUUACGUAAAUGAUCCCCACACGGGUGACAUCAAAGAACAAAAAGAAGAACGUAAUGGAGACAUUGUCAACGGACAUUAUUCUCUAGUGGAACCAGAUGGUAAUAUCAGAACUGUUUCUUAUAAAGCAGAUUGGGAAACGGGAUUCCAUGCAACAGUUACCAACUCAAAGAGGACAGUCAAAGCCUAAAUUUUGAUUAAUUUGUGAGAAAUGCGAAGAAGGUUUCAUAAUUUAAUUUAUGAAACGUACUAUAAUCAGUAGGCAUUUAAUUUGUACGUUAAUUAUAGAAACAAUUCUACGUGUCAUCAUACUAUGCGUAGGUAUGAUUAGAGUUAUUUUUUUAGAAAAAUUAGCAAAUUUGGCUUCCUAUUGAACGCUUUUACUAAAAAAAAAGAUAUUUAAUCUUUUCAAAAAUAACUAUUACUCAAACGCAAGAUACCAUCUCAAUAUAAAAAUUAGUUUUAUUACAUAUAUAGUUUUUUAUUAUUAUUACUACAUUAUUAUAUGUAAUGUAAGAGCUUAUCUCCUUUAGACUUUUCAUUGCUUUUCAGCUCAGGACGAUUAGCAGAGUCCUUUAUACUAAAUAUGAAACUUUUGCACUUAUCUUUGUUUGCACAAUUUCAUCUUCAUCGUCAUUUCUAUCAUCAUAAGUAUUAUAUUCUCAUCAGAAUAAUUCUAUAGCAUCGCCAACUUGCUUGCCUUCGUCGUCUCGUCAUUUUCAUAUUGUUAUCAUUAUUUAUCUAUUCAUUGUUUUAUAGAUAUUAAAAGGGUUACGUUAUGAUCAACAUUAUAAUUUAAAUUAGCGAAAUGUUUAUUUAUUAAUACCUAGCAUAGAAGCGGGUUAUGGUCAUUCGUUCACAGUUUUAAUAUCCUUGCACCUCCUUUUCCUGAUGUAAAUUUGCAGAAACAAUACUAUAAGUAUAUGGAGUUUAAAUUAAAAUUUACCUAAUUCUGUUGCCAGAUAAUUGUGUAAUUAUUGUAUAUAUAAAUGUAUUCUGAUUUCAUUACGGUUACUAAUGUGAUAAAUAUACAUAAUAAUUUAUUAUGCGAAAUAUGUAAAACAAAUAAAAAAUAAAAACAA